AUUUACUAACCCCCACACACUCUCACUCUCUCUCUGUUUCUUUCUAUAUACAGGGACGGGCUCUUCGAAACCAUCCCUCUUCCCCACAACUAUAGCAUUGGCCAUGGACGAAGCUGGCCACCCGUGGCGGACGGAGAUCCCCCGACCACCAGAGCUCCCCAGGGACCCCAUGGAGUUCCUCUCCCGCUCAUGGAGCGCCUCCGCCUUCGAGGUCUCCAGGGCCCUGACGCCGCUUCCGCCUCCGGCGGCCGCGAUCCCCGAGGACGCCGCCGGCGAGCUGGAGGAGCUCGGUGCUGCGGCUGCGGCGGUAGCUGGGAACACCUUCUCCUUUGCCUCCUCGGCCACCUCGCAGCUCGUCAUGGAGCGGAUCAUGUCGCAGUCGGAGGUGUCUCCUCUCACAUCAGGACGCCUCUCCCACAGUAGCGGGCCGCUGAACGGCGGUGGAUCACUCUCUGAUAGCCCUCCCGUCUCCCCUUGCCACAUGGACGACGUCAAGUUCUGGGGAGCUGCUGACGCACGGAAGCCUCAGCCGUGCCGAGGGACGAGCAAGACAGUUGGGAGGUGGCUGAAGGACAGGAGGGAGCGGAAGAAAGAGGAGAGCAGAGCCCAGAACGCGCAGCUCCACGCUGCAGUCUCCGUGGCUGGGGUGGCUGCGGCGGUCGCUGCAAUUGCAGCGGCCACCGCCUCCGCCUCGGGCUCCGGCAAGGACGACCGCGCUGCCAGGACCGACGUGGCGGUGGCCUCCGCCGCGACGCUCGUGGCCGCGCAGUGCGUCGAGGUCGCUGAGAUCAUGGGGGCUGAGCGCGAGCACCUGGCGUCGGUCAUCAGCUCUGCCGUCAGCGUCAGGACUCCGGGGGACGUCGUCGCCCUCACGGCCGCUGCUGCCACCGCGUUGAGGGGGGCGGCGACGCUGAAGGCGAGGGCACUGAAGGAGGUGUGGAACAUCGCCGCCGUCAUACCAGUCGAGAAAGGAGGGGCGGCGAAUAACAACCACCACCGCCGCCGCAUGCAGGAAAAGGAACUCGACAGCAAUAGCAGCAGUGUCAGCGGUGAGCUCGUGGCCGAGGAGAACUUCUUGGGCCUCUGCUGCCAGGAGCUUCUUGCUCGGGGCACCGAGCUCCUCAAGCGCACACGCAAAGGUGCGCUUCAUUGGAAGAUCGUCUCUGUCUACGUCAACAAGAUGGAUCAGGUGAUGCUUAAGACGAAGAGCAAGCAUGUCGCAGGGACUAUCACGAAGAAGAAGAAGAGUGUUAUCGUCGAGGUUUGCAAGGACAUCCAAGCAUGGCCGGGCCGGCACUUGCUGGAAGGCGGCGAGCGGCGCCGCUACUUCGGGCUGCGGACGGCGGAGCAACGUGUCAUAGAGUUCGAGUGCCGGAGCCGGAGGGAGCACGACAUGUGGACUCAGGGAGUCUCCCGCCUCCUCAACAUCGUCAACGAGAAGAAGAAGCAGCAGCAGCAGCAGCACCACCACCCCCACCGCGCCUGAACGCAUCUUGAGGAGAAUGGUUGCAGUCGAAACAUAGGAGAAGGAGAUGAGAUGCAGGAAGACAUGAGGACCAGAAGUGCUUCUGCAGUCAAAAAGGCAUUGAUGCUGCAGCUUCAACUGUGACUUUCCCUUUUCCAAAACUCCAUGUGUUGAACACAGAAUGGUUCAGAAUUCCAACAGCAUUUGCUGCUUGCAUUCACGGAAAUGUGGCGUUUUCAUCACUGGAAGCAGCUCUGAGGAUCUCAUUGAACACAAACAUCAUCUCUUUCACUACAAUUCUCCUCAGUGUCAUGUAAAUGUGGUGUUUUCAUCCAAGUAUGCAAAAACUUAGUAGCUCGUAUGUGAUGUAAAAUGAGUUGGGUAUGUUUUUUUGUGUGAAUCACCUUAAGCAAGGUUUCAUUAAGCAAA